UGGGGCCGGGGCGACGCGUCCCCGGGGUGGACGGGCCUGGAGCCGCGAUGCCGCCGGGCCGAGGCGGCCCGGGGUGAGUGGUGGGCGGCUUCGAUCCUGAGAGUUGGGACCACACUUCUCCGCGCGAAGGGAAACUCUGGCGGCUCCGCCUGUAACGCGAUUGGGAGACAGAGGAGGUGGAGCCGCUCCUCCGCGCCCCCUCCUCGCCGCCGCCGCCUCAGCCGGGGACCGGCCGGCCUCUUCCCCGCCCUCCCAGGACCACUGGGGGGGUCCUUGCCCUGGUCAGGGAGGAGGGAGGAGGGUCGGGGAAGAGCAACAGGGAGGUCCAAGCUUCCCCUCCGCAGUAGCAGCCCUUCCAGGCGGUACUCGGCGCGACUGACAAAGGCAGACUGGGAUCCCCCUGCCACGCACCCCCAGAGGGGGAGCCCCCACCCCGCACCCAGAUGGUGGGUGAUUGAUGAGCGCUCGUUGAGUCCUCACCGGUAAAUGGUGCCCCCCACCCCGCCCCUACGCCGGCUCAACACAGACAACAGGGCCGGCACUCUGCACUCUGAUGCUGUCAAUGAGUAACUUCUGGGUGCACCCUGGGAGCCCAGCGAGAGGGCCGAAAGGAAAGGCCGGUUUCGCACCAUUCCCUACGACUCCGGUGAAGAGGGCUGGGAUAUGAGCACUCUCCCAGUUUCAAGGGCAGACUUUAUAUGCCCUUUUGGUUGGCCAGGACAGCCCCAGGUCCAGGAGACUGUGCUUGUUCUUUGCAGGCAGAAGUUAGGCAGCCUUGGGCCCUGCUGAAUCGGUCCAGAGAUGGGGGGCCCAGAAGAGCUAGGCUUUGACUCUAGUUGGGGCUUGAGAUGUUGGGGGUGAAGAAGAGAUCUUAGUUGUAUAAGUUGGGGACUGGAGGCCCAGCUCCAAAGCACCCUUUUCAGUCUGCUCUGGCCUAGUCAUUAAUAAAAGUGGGGCUGACAACUGUGUCCUUCGAGAAGCCGAGUGGCUUGGAGCGGGUUGUGGGCUCUGCAUCUCCCCUGCUGGCUGAGUUUUCUUGGCUGUGAAAUGAGGGUUCUUUUCAACAUUCAAGGAGCACCUGCUCAGUGCUAACGUCUGUUCGGCUUACUGGGGCCUCUGAAUUAGAAGUCACAUUCUCUGCCUUUAAGGAAUUUCAGGAUAGGAGCGUGGAACAGGGAGAAAAGUGGCCUUGGCUGGUGCCUCGCGUGCCAGGCACACACCGUAUCACGUUGAACGAUCAGAGCAGUCCUGCCUCCCAUUCUCCAGAUGGGAAAUCUGAGGCUCAGAGAGCCCAAGGCAGAGCUGCAAUGUACACCAGGGUGGUGGCUGGGGAUGCCUGCCGAUCACACGUGGUGGGCUUCUCUGGAGCCUGGGGGACAGUGAGGGCUUCUCUGGGAGGUGAUGGUUGGGCACCUCAUGUAAUAGGGAGUGAGCGUGGAGGAGUGUGAUGAGCAGUCUGCAGUUCGGCCUGGCAGGAACGAAGAGCAUGUGUGGGGGAGCCCUGGCAAGGAUCCCACAGGAGAGCGUGUGGACGGGAGGGGCUUGACCUUUAUCCUCCAGCCCCCAGGGGGUGCCUCCAAAGAUGCUGGAGAGAGGGACAUCCUCAGAUUCUGCUUAAAGUCCCCCUGAGGUGGGAGGAGGUGCACCGGAGGGGCCAGAGGCUGUCUGUGGCCGAGGUGAAGUGAAAUAUGUGGCCGAUAAGGAGAAAAAUGUCACCACCCUUCUUUUCUUCCCACCCAUGGUAUGUGGGGAAGGGCGAGGGUGGCUCGGCCCCGUGGCAGUGAUUGAAGAAGGCUGACACUUUUCCCAGCGGGGGUCAGCCUCCAGCCUGCGAUGUGACUUUGCCAGAAGCUGUUUGGGUCCUGCCCAUUGGCUUCCUGUGGGCCACUCGACUCAGUUGUGAUUUUACAUGUAGGGAGUGCCUUGGUGGCUGCCCCUUGAGGGUUGGAGAACUCUGGCAUGAAGUCCGCACUGAGCAAAUGUUUGUAAGCGAAUGGUGGGGGAGACCCUCUGCCCAAGGCGCGUCCCUGGGAGGGAGGCGGUGGGAGGGGCCGAGCAGUAGCUGAGUGUAGCAGCCAGCCUUUGCCCAUCCUCAGGCAGACCCCAUCUUCCCGGGGUAAGAAACUUUCCCCACCAUGCCUUGGGCACAAGGUGGGGGGCUCCUGAGAAGCCUGGCCUUGCCAUAGUACUGGGCUUCUCUCCGGGUUCACGACUCUCCCUGCCGCCCCCCUCCCCCUGCCCCCUCGGUGGCAAACAGUGGCUGCCUUGUUCCCGCUCCCAUAGAGCUGCCCUGUUCUCUGCACACUAAAAAUGGAAACCCCCAAGCUAUUUUGGGAGCAGUGCCCAGCCGGGCUGUGGCCACAGAUCCUCGCUGGACCUUCCUCCAAGCCUUACGCCCAGCCCUGCUCCCUCUGGGCCAGCCUCAGGAGCACCCAGCUGGGGGGGGCCUCGGCUGGGAGGAGCCAACCUGGACCCUGGGAAGCUCUCGGAGGAGCACUGUGCACCGGCAGACUGGCAGCUGGGUGGCAGGAGGGGCUGGGCCAUGUGGCCUGGACACAAACAAGCAGGGAGAACAUCUCACAGCUUGGGAUGCGCUGCCGGUCCCCAGCACUUUACCCACCCUGGUGCUCCAGGCUAGAGACCAGCCAGGUUUUAGCAAGGUGGUGUCAUGGUUUCCUGGUCUCCCCAGGCUUCAGAUGGAGUCUGCAGGGAGGGGGUCUGUGAGGAUAGCAGGCCCUCAAGGUCUGGGAAGGUUCAGGGGAUGUGGGGUACUUGUGUGGUGACUUCUUCUAGGACCACCCCUCUGCCCCCUCCACCUCCCACUCUGCUCUGACCUGCGGGAGAGGAAAUAGCAAGAGAUGAUGGCCUGGCUUCCAGAGCCCUUGAGGACGUAGGGCUCGAACCAGGGAAGUGUGUGUGACUCCCGUUUGGGGCAUGCCGUUGUCUCCUGAUCCAGCCGGCCCUGCCAGGUGACCAUGCCUGCCCUCGGCCUAGCUCUCCUCCAGGCGCUCUGGGCCGGGUGGGUCCUUGGCCUCCAGCCCCCGCCACCGACAGCUUUCACUCCCAACGGUACGCGUCUGCAGCACCUGGCUCGAGACCCCACCUCAGGCACCCUCUACCUCGGAGCCACCAACUUCUUGUUCCAGCUGAGCCCUGAACUGCAGCUGGAGGCCACUGUGUCCACUGGCCCUGUGCUGGACAGCAGGGACUGUCUGCCCCCCGUGAUGCCGGACGAGUGCCCCCAGGCGCAGCCCACCAGCAACCUGAACCAGCUGCUCCUGGUUAGCCCGGGGGCCCUGGUGGUGUGCGGCAGUGUACACCAGGGGGUCUGUGAGCAGAGGCGCCUGGGGCAGCUCGGGCAGCUGCUGCUGAGGCCAGAGCGGCCCGGGGACACCCAGUAUGUGGCCGCCAACGACCCCACCGUCAGCACGGUGGGACUGGUGGCCCAGGGCCCGUCUGGGGAGCCCCUCCUGUUUGUGGGGCGAGGCUACACCAGCCGAGGCGUAGGGGGCGGCAUCCCGCCCAUCACCACCCGGGCCUUACAGCCCCCGGACCCCCAGGCCGCCUUCUCUUAUGAGGAGACGGCCAAGCUCGCCGUGGGCCGCCUCUCGGAGUACAGCCAUCACUUCGUGAGCGCCUUCGCGCGCGGGGCCAGUGCCUACUUCCUGUUCCUUCGGCGGGACCUGCAGGCUCAGUCGCGAGCCUUCCGCGCCUACGUGUCCCGCGUGUGCCUCCGGGAUCAGCACUACUACUCCUACGUGGAGCUGCCCCUGGCCUGUCAGGGGGGCCGCUACGGGCUCAUCCAGGCUGCGGCAGUGGCCGCGUCCGCGGACGUGGCCCAGGGCGAGGUGCUCUUCGUGGCCUUCUCCUCCGCGGCUCCCCCGAGCGUGGGCCGGCCCCCAUCGGCAGCUGCCGGGACUACUGGUGCAUCGGCGCUCUGCGCCUUCCCCCUGGAUGAGGUGGAUCACCUUGCUAAUCGCACCCGUGACGCCUGCUACACCCAGGAGGGCCGCGCCGAGGACGGGGCGGAGGUGGCCUACAUCGAGUAUGAUGUCAACUCCGACUGUGCUCAGCUGCCCGUGGACACUCUGGAUGCGUAUCCCUGUGGCUCAGACCACACGCCCAGCCCCAUGGCCAGCCGUGUCCCCCUGGAAGCCACGCCGGUUCUGGAGUGGCCGGGGGUCCAGCUAACAGCUGUGGCAAUCACCGUGGAAGAUGGACAUACCAUUGCUUUCCUGGGCGACAGUCAAGGGCAGCUGCAUAGGGUCUACUUGGGCCCAGGGAGUGAUGGCCACCCGUACUCCACCCAGAUUGUCCAGCAGGGGUCUGCGGUGAGCAGAGACCUCAUCUUUGAUGGGGCCUUCCAGCACCUGUUUGUCAUGACCCAAAGCAUGCUUCUCAAGGUUCCCGUGGCCUCCUGUGCUCAGCACCUGGACUGUGCGUCCUGCCUGGCUCACAGGGACCCAUACUGUGGGUGGUGUGUGCUCCUCGGCAGGUGCAGUCGCCAUUCCGAGUGCUCUCGGGGCCGGGGCUCAGAGCGGUGGCUGUGGAGCUUCCAGCCUGAGCUGGGAUGUCUGCGUGUGGCAGCCUUGAGUCCUGCCAACAUCAGCCGUGAGGAGAGGAGGGAGGUUUUCUUGUCCGUACCUGACCUGCCCGCACUGUGGCCAGGGGAGUCUUACUCCUGCCACUUCGGGGAAUCCCAGAGUCCUGCCCUGCUGACCAAUUCUGGGGUGAUGUGCCCCUCCCCGGACCCUAGCGAGGCCCCAGAGCUGCCAAGAGGAGCCGACCACGUGUCCGUGAGCAUGGAGCUCAGGUUUGGCGCUGUCGUGAUCGCCGAGGCUGCCCUCUCCUUCUACGACUGCGUGGCCGUCACCUUGCUCCGCCCGUCAGCACCGUGCCAGGCCUGCGUGAGCAGCCGCUGGGGGUGUAACUGGUGUGUCUGGCAGCACCUCUGCACACACAGGGCCUCGUGUGAUGCCGGGCCCACGGUGGUCGGCCAACAGAGCCCGCUUCUCUCCCUGGCCCCUCCUGCCCAAGAUGCACCCACCUCCUUCCCACCCACAGCCCCCCAGGCCAUGGUCACUCCCAUCCCUGACACCCUGCCUGUGGACACUCCUUCCAUAGCUUCCGAUGUCCCCCCUGGGGCCAGGCCUUCCCCGCUCAGCUCCUGGGUGCCAUGGGCAGGAACUGGCCCCACCCCUGCCCCGGCUCCCACGGAGUCGCCUCUCCCCGAGGACCCUCCUCCUGCCCCCUCCAGCCCCCAGAGCACGCCUGGACCCGCUGUGCCCGCCCCCUCGGCCUUAGGACCCCUGGCCACCCCUGAGGACCUGCUGGCCUCACACCUACCACCCUCUGAGGCAGAGGCCCUGCCUCCCGCCCCUGUGGAGCCUGGCCCCGAGGCCCUCCCCUCGGCGGGCCCCCAGGACCACCCCCCCGGCUCUGCCCCCACCACCACUUUCCCAGGGGCCGCUGGCUCCACGAAGCCCGCUCUGGACUGGCUCAUGAGAGAAGGCGGCGAGCUGCCCGAGGCAGACGAGUGGACGGGGGGUGAUAUGCCCGCCUUCUCCACUUCCAGCCUCCUCUCAGGUGAUGGAGACUCCGCUGAGCACGAGGGCCCUCCCGCCCCGCUCAUCCUCCUGUCCAGCUUGGACUACCAGUACGACACUCCUGAGCUCGGGGAGCUGGAGGAAGCGACUUGGGGGGCAGCCUCCUGCCCUUGUGUGGAGAGCGUGCAGGGCUCCAGCCUGAUGCCCGUCCACGUGCGGCGAGAAGUGCGACUGCUGGGCCGGAACCUGCGCCUCUUCCAGGACAGCCCAGGAGAGCACGAGUGUGUGAUGGAGCUGGAGGGUCGGGAGGUGGUGGUUGAGGCCCGGGUCGAGUGUGAGCCGCCUCCAGAUACCCGGUGCCACGUCACAUGCCGGCCGCACCAGCUCAGCUAUGAGGCUCUGCAGCCAGAGCUCCGCGUGGGGCUGUUCCUGCGCCGGGCUGGCCGUCUGCGUGUGGACAGCGUGGAUGGGCUUCAUGUGGUGCUUUAUGACUGUUCCGUGGGCCACGAGGACUGUAGCCGCUGCCAAACUGCCCUGCCCCAGUACGGCUGCGUGUGGUGCAAGGGGGAGCAUCCUCAGUGCAUGGCCCGGGAGGCCUGUGGCGAGGCUGAAGCUGUGGUCACCCAGUGCCCAGCACCUGUCAUCCACUCAGUGGAGCCACUGACUGGGCCUGUAGAUGGCGGCACCCGGGUCACCAUCAGGGGCUCCAACCUGGGCCAGCACGUGCAGGACGUGCAGGACACGGUCAGAGUGGCUGGAGUGCCCUGUGCUGUGGACGCCCAGGAGUACGAGGUGUCCAGCAGCCUCGUGUGUAUCACUGGGGCCAGCAGGGAGGAGGUGGCAGGCGCCGUGACGGUGGAGGUACCAGGAAGAGGACGUGGCGUCUCAGAGCAUGACUUUGCCUACCAGGAUCCCAGGGUGCAGUCUGUCUUCCCAGCCCGGGGCCCCAGAGCUGGGGGUACCAGCCUCACCCUGCACGGCUCCAAGCUUCUGACCGGGCGGCUGGAGGACAUCCGAGUGGUGGUGGGCGACCAGCCUUGUCACCUGCUGCUGGAGCAGCAGGCUGAGCAACUGCAAUGCGAGACCAGCCCGCACCCCACGCCUGCUACACUCCCCGUGGCUGUGUGGUUUGGGGCCGCCGAGCGGAGGCUUCAGCACAGCCAGUUCGAGUACACAUCGGACCCCAAUGUCACGUCUGCCAGUCCCACCAAGAGCUUCCUCAGUGGAGGCCGCGAGAUCCGGGUCUGUGGCCAGAAUUUAGAUGUGGUACAGACACCAAGAAUCCGCGUCACCGUGGCCGUGAGAGCGUCAAGGCUGGGCCAGGGGCUUGAGCGGAGGCGCCGAGUGGUCCCAGAGACAGCGUGCUCCCCCGGCGUGUCCUGUGGUGGCCUUCAUUUUGAGGAGCCUUGCCACGUGAACUCCUCCCAGCUCAUCACGUGCCGCACGCCGGCCCUCCCAGGCCUGCCCGAGGACCCCUGGGUCCGUGUGGAAUUUAUCCUUGACAACCUGGUCUUUGACUUUGCGACACUGAACCCCACGCCCUUCUCCUAUGAGGCCGACCCCAUCCUGCAGCCCCUCAACCCUGAGGACCCCAGCGCACCGUUCCGGCACAAGCCUGGGAGUGUGCUCUCUGUGGAGGGGGAGAAUCUGGACCUCGCGAUAUCCAAGGAGGAGGUGGUGGCCAUGAUCGGGGACGGCCCGUGCGUGGUGAGGACGCUGACCCGGCACCACCUGUACUGCGAGCCUCCCAUGGAGCAGCCCCUCCCCCGGCACCACGCCCUCCGGGAGGCACCCGACGCCUUGCCCGAGUUCACGGUGCAGAUGGGGAACCUUCAUUUCUCCCUGGGCCACGUGCAGUACGAUGGCGAGAGCCCCGUGGCUUUUCCCAUGGCAGCCCAGGUGGGCUUGGGGGUGGGCACCUCUCUCCUGGCUCUGGGUGUCAUCAUCAUUGUCCUUAUGUACAGGAGGAAGAGCAAGCAGGCCCUGAGGGACUAUAAGAAAGUGCAGAUCCAACUGGAGAACCUGGAGAGCAGCGUGCGGGACCGUUGCAAGAAGGAGUUCACAGACCUGAUGACCGAGAUGACCGACCUCACCAGUGACCUUCUGGGCAGUGGCAUUCCCUUCCUCGACUACAAGGUGUAUGCCGAGAGGGUCUUCUUCCCUGGGCACCAGGAGUCGCCCUUGCACCGGGACCUGGGCGUGCCUGAGAGCAGGCGGCCCACUGUGGAGCAGGGGCUGGGGCAGCUGUCCAACCUACUCAACAGCAAGCUCUUCUUGACCAAGUUCAUCCACACCCUGGAGAGCCAGCGCACCUUCUCAGCCCGGGACCGCGCCUACGUGGCAUCUCUGCUCACCGUGGCGCUGCAUGGAAAGCUGGAGUACUUCACCGACAUCCUGCGCACCCUGCUCAGUGACCUGGUGGCCCAGUAUGUGGCCAAGAAUCCCAAGCUGAUGCUGCGCAGGACAGAGACCGUAGUGGAGAAGCUGCUCACCAAUUGGAUGUCCAUCUGUCUCUACACUUUCGUGAGGGACGCAGUAGGGGAGCCUUUGUACAUGCUUUUCCGUGGAAUUAAGCAUCAAGUGGACAAAGGGCCAGUAGACAGUGUGACCGGCAAAGCCAAAUACACCCUGAAUGACAACCGCCUGCUCCGAGAGGAUGUGGAGUACCGUCCCCUGACCUUGAACGCGCUGCUGGCUGUGGGGCACGGAGCAGGAGAAGCCCAGGGCGUGCCCGUGAAGGUCCUGGACUGUGACACCAUCUCCCAGGCCAAGGAGAAAAUGCUGGAUCAGCUUUAUAAAGGAGUGCCCCUUGCCCAGCGUCCAGAUCCCCGCACCCUGGAUGUCGAGUGGCGGUCUGGGGUGGCCGGGCAUCUCAUUCUUUCCGACGAGGACGUGACAUCUGAGAUCCAGGGUCUGUGGAGGCGCCUGAACACCCUGCAGCAUUACAAGGUCCCCGACGGAGCAACUGUGGCCCUCGUGCCCUGCCUCACCAAGCACGUCCUCCGGGAAAGCCAGGACUACGUGCCAGGAGAGAGUCUCGGCACAGGGACCCCGAUGCUGGAGGAUGUGGAUGAGGGGGGCAUCCGGCCCUGGCACCUGGUGAAGCCCAGCGAGGAGCCGGAGCCGCCCAGGCCUCGGAGGGGCAGCCUUCGGGGCGGGGAGCGGGAGCGGGCCAAGGCCAUCCCGGAGAUCUACCUGACACGCCUGCUGUCUAUGAAGGGGACCCUGCAGAAGUUCGUGGAUGACCUGUUCCAGGUGAUUCUCAGCACCAGCUGCCCGGUGCCGCUCGCCAUAAAGUACUUCUUCGACCUGCUGGACGAGCAGGCCCAGCAGCAUGGCAUCUCGGACCAGGACACCGUCCACAUCUGGAAGACCAACAGCUUGCCCCUGAGGUUCUGGAUCAACAUAAUCAAAAACCCGCAGUUCGUGUUCGACGUGCAGACGUCCGACAAUAUGGAUGCGGUGCUCCUAGUCAUCGCCCAGACCUUCAUGGACGCCUGCACCCUGGCUGACCACAAGCUGGGCCGGGACUCCCCCAUCAACAAACUUCUGUAUGCUCGCGAUAUUCCCCGGUACAAACGGAUGGUGGAAAGGUACUACGCAGACAUCAGACAGACCAUCCCCGCCAGUGAUCAAGAAAUGAACUCCAUCCUGGCCGAGCUGUCUCGGAACUACUCUGGAGACCUGGGGGCUCGAGUGGCCCUGCAUGAGCUCUACAAGUAUAUCAACAAAUACUAUGACCAGCCUCCCCCUGUCGAGCUGGUCUCUGCGUUUCAGAUCAUCACUGCCCUGGAGGAGGACGGCACGGCCCAGAAGAUGCAGCUGGGCUAUCGGCUCCAGCAGAUCGCGGCAGCCGUGGAAAACAAGGUCACGGAUCUGUAGGCUCUGCAAGAACGCGGGCCGGCCGUGCCCCAGCCCUGCCUGGACAGCCCCGGGACUGCGCAGGAGAGGCCGCCUUCUUAGAUCCCGUAGUGCCUGAGCAGCAGAGUUAGUGGAAGGUGCCUCCCGGGCUCCCGGUGGCUCUGGCCCGGGCCCCGCUGGACUCGCCUCGCAGGCCAGGGGCCUUGAGGCUGGCGGCGUGGUGCCCGGUCUGCCGCCCGCGCCUGGCGACCCUGUGGGCUGUUGCCUGUGUGAUGUCAGUCUGUAGGGAGCCAGGACUAAGGGCUUCCAGGGCCAGGCCAGAAGGGCCUCCAGCCCCUGGAGAGACUGGACUGUUGUGAGCUCUGGCUUCCGUCCCAGGGAGAUCCAGAGAGAAAGGAGGAGAAGCCCCACUUCCCAUCCCGCCCUCCUGCUCCAUCAACCCUGACCUCGUCAGCCGCCUCUGGCCUUGCUGCUGCUGCCACGUUCCUGGGUCCGAGAGACGAAUGCCUUUCGAGGCCACCGCCAACUCACCCCUCAGCAGGGCUGGCUGCCUCAGGGCCACCCUGCCACCGAGGCCGCCAGGAGUGAGGGGUGUCUGCUGCAGGGGGGCCUGCAGGAGAAUGGGGGCCCCACUCACCCGGUUCUUCAUUAAAGGAUAACACACUG